AUGUUACAGAAAAAAAACAAAGGUGAGGUUCCUCCAGAGGAACAAGGUCCAAGUAUCAAGAAUCUAGACUUCUGGUCUAAGCUAAUCACCCUCAUUGUUUCAAUUAUUGAAGAGGACAAGAACUCCUACACCCCCUGUCUUAACCAGUUUCCGCAGGAGCUCAAUGUUGGAAAGAUCAGCGCAGAGGUUAUGUGGAACCUGUUUGCCCAAGAUAUGAAGUAUGCAAUGGAAGAGCACGAAAAGAACCGCUUGUGCAAGAGUGCCGAUUACAUGAACCUGCACUUCAAAGUAAAGUGGCUUUACAAUGAAUACUGCAAAGACCUGCCUUUCUUCAAGAGCCGAGUGCCUGAAUAUCCCACGUGGUUUGAGCCAUUUGUCAUCCAGUGGUUGGACGAGAAUGAGGAGGUGUCUCGAGACUUUUUGCACGGAGCCCUGGAGCGUGACAAGAAAGAUGGGAACAUCCUGGGUCGCUAUGUUCGAAGAGGCUGGCAAACUGUUAUCAGCAAAACUUCAGAGCACGCUCUCUUCUCCUGUUCGGUAGUGGACGUCUUCUCGCAGCUUAAUCAGAGCUUCGAGAUCAUUAAGAAGCUGGAGUGUCCAGACCCACAGAUCGUGGGACACUACAUGAAGAGAUUUGCCAAGAGACUUUUCCCCAACCACUGCACCAAGGAGAAAGUGAAUGCAAAGGAUGGCGCUGUCAAGCCAUGCAUCCUCAUCAAUAAUAUCCAGCAGCUAAGGGUACAGCUUGAGAAGAUGUUUGAGGCCAUGGGUGGCAAAGAUUUGAACGUUGAAGCUAGCGACAUCUUGAAAGAACUCCAGGUGAAGCUCAACAAUGUUUUGGAUGACCUUGCAAGGAUCUUUGCCACAAGUUUCCAACCAAACAUUGAAGAAAAUGUCAAGCAGAUGGGUGACAUACUUAGCCAGGUGAAGGGGACAGGAAACGUGCCAGCAAGUGCUUGCAGCAGCGUGGCACAGGAUGCCGACAACGUCCUCCAGCCCAUCAUGGACUUCCUUGACAGCAACCUCACGCUGUUUGCCAAGAUCUGUGAGAAGACAGUGUUGAAGCGAGUGCUGAAGGAGCUUUGGAAGCUGGUGAUGAACACAAUGGAGAAGACGAUUGUUCUGCCACCUUUGACUGACCAAACGAUGAUAGGCAGGGUGAAGCUUGCUUGUCACAGUGAUGGCACUCAACUUAUAUUCAAUGCAGCUAAGGAACUCGGUCAGCUCUCCAAGUUGAAGGAGCAUAUGGUUCGUGAAGAGGCCAAGGCACUGUCCCCUAAACAGUGUGCAGUGAUUGAGUUAGCACUGGAUACUAUAAAGCAAUACUUCCAUGCUGGAGGUGUGGGGCUGAAGAAGACGUUCCUGGAGAAAAGUCCAGAUCUGCUGUCCCUGCACUACGCCCUGUCCCUCUACACUCAGGCCACUGACAAACUCAUCAAGACCUUUGUUCAGUCCCAGAAUACACAAGUUCAUGGAGGGAAGGGGGUAAGGUUCACCCAUAGUGAAGACGUGUACCCAGAGAAGGGUACUGGUGUUGAUGAUGCAGUUGGAGAGGUGUCUAUCCAUGUGGAGAUCUUCACUCAUCCAAAUACUGGAGAGCACAAAGUCACAGUGAAGGUGGUGGCUGCGAAUGACCUGCGGUGGCAGACUUCUGGGAUUUUCCGGCCCUUCGUAGAGGUCUACAUCAUUGGCCCCCAUCUCAGUGAUAAGAAAAGAAAGUAUGCCACCAAGUCCAAGAACAACAGCUGGGCUCCCAAAUACAAUGAGACCUUUACAUUCACACUGAGUAACGAAGUGGGUCCGGAGUGCUAUGAGCUGCAGGUGUGCGUGAAAGACUACUGCUUUGCACGAGAGGACCGCACUGUUGGCAUGGCAGUACUGCAGCUGAAGGACGUAGCACCACGGGGUAGCGUAGCAUGCUGGCUACCGCUAGGUAAACGCAUUCACAUGGACGAAACCGGCCUGACCGUACUACGAAUCCUGUCCCAGCGCAACAACGACGACGUCGCGAAAGAAUUCGUCAAGCUUAAAUCCGACCAGCGCUCUGCUGAGGAGGGGCGGAGCUAAGACCAGGAUGAAGCUAGUGAGGCGUGGUAACUUUGAUGUAAACACUGCCCCCUGAUGUUCAGAUGUUGCACUAGCACAUAGAAAAAAAAUACACAAGACGUAUUUAUCUUGGUUCUUCACUUUAAUGACCAACCGUUUACACGACAAAGCAGUUAUAUAUUUGUAUUCAGUGCACUGCCAUUAGAAUUGCCAGGAAGGGCUUGUUUAACAAGCACAGGAUAUUGUAUCUCUUAAAUACUUGAUAUUUGUGAUGUCUUUGAUUUUUCAUAUUUGAAGACAAAAGCUUGCCAGUAGGUACAACACAUAUUUAUCGAUUUAUU